UGCAAUCCAAACACUUGCUCCUCAAGCUUCUUCUCCACCCUCCCUUCAAUACUCUCUCUGUCAAUAACUUGUUUCAAUCUUGCUAUUGUCAGAUUCCAGUAAAAGAUCCCUUCCACUUGCUUUUUAAUUUCUCUUUUAACUUCUCACUCUUUAAAAACACACACACACAUACACACAGAGAGAGAGAGAUUUUGCGUUUACGGAAAUGGGCGAUUACGAGCAAGAAGCCCCAAAUUCAUUUCAUCACCUAAGAGAAACCCCCACCACCAGCUCCGCCGCCACCGGGCGUCGCCCACGCGGCCGCCCGCCCGGCUCCAAGAACAAAUCAAAACCCCCCACGAUCGUCACCCGCGACACCCCCAACGCGCUCGGCACCCACAUCCUCGAGGUCUCCUCCGGAAACGACGUCGUCGAAAGCGUCUCCGCCUACGCUAGGCGCCGCGGGAGGGGCGUCUGCAUCCUCAGCGGCAGCGGUGCCGUCUCCAACGUCUCCCUGCGCCAGCCCGGCGGGGCCGCGCCCUCCGUGGCGCUGCAGGGCCGCUUCGAGAUCCUCUCGCUCUCGGGGACGGUGCUGCCUCCGCCCGCGCCGCCGGGGGCUGGCGGGCUGUCGGUGUUUCUCGCCGGCGGGCAGGGGCAGGUGGUCGGCGGGAGUGUGGUUGGGCCCCUGGUGGCGGCGGGGCCUGUGGUUUUGAUGGCGGCGUCGUUUGCGAAUGCGGUGUUUGAGCGAUUGCCUCUGGAGGAGGAGGGGAGCGGCGCCGGCUCGCAGAGUUCCGGUGUCAGUGGUGGUAAUAGCGGCUGCGGCGGCGGUUUGUUUAGCUCGGUAAGUGGGUAUGCGGCGGAGGCGGCGGGGAAUUAUCUCUUUGCUGCUGAUUUGUCUGGAUUGGGCGGUGGAAGUAAUGUAAGGCCGCCACCACCGUUUUGAUUUUCUUGAAAUGUGUGCUUUUUUUGGUAUUAAAAAAUGGAUUUUUUUUUCUCUGUAGC